CCUUGAUUAAAAAAAUAAGGUCAUUCUAGUCAUUUCAGUAAUGAUUCUUCUUCCUUUCGUUCCGAGUUCUUCGACUUCCACUACAUUGAACUCUGUGCUAUUAUUACUCUUCUGAAUCGAAAGCGAAAAACGAACGUGACGAAUCUUCAAUUCUGAGUUUCCGAGUUGAAUCGUUCACUGAGUCGAGUAACCGAGUUUAACACGUGCACAGAUCUUCAAGCAUGUUAGACGGUUUGCUCGGUCGAGGAUUCGCCGCGAAAUGUAAAUCGUUGAUUAAAUUGACGAAGAAUCGGAUCGAUGUGAUAAGAAGGAAGAGGAAAGCGACGGAGAAGUUUCUUAAGCAAGAUAUCGUUGAUCUAUUGGCGAAUGGUUUAGAUGUUAAUGCUUAUGGAAGAGCUGAAGGACUCAUUGCUGAGUUGACAUUGACAUCUUGUUAUGAUUUUGUUGAGUGGGCCUGUGAGUUUGUCUUGAAGCACCUGUCUGUGCUGCAGAAACUGAGUGGAUGCCCUGAGGAGUGCAGGGAGGCUAUAUCAUCUCUGAUGUUUUCUGCUGCAAGAUUUUCUGAUCUACCAGAGUUACGUGAGCUUCGGCAAAUAUUUCAGGAGAGAUACGGAAAUUCCUUAGAAUGUUAUGUCAAUAAAGAGUUUGCUGCAAAUGUAAAUCCAAAGUCUUUUACCUUGGAGAAGAAGGUUCGCUUGAUGCAGGAUAUUUCUUCAGAGUUUUCAAUAAAGUGGGACUCCAAAGCUUUUGAACUGAGGAUGUCAAAAUCCUCCGCUUUCGCACAGGGCCAUAAUACUUAUAAAUCUGACCAUUCUGUUGGUUAUAACAAAUCAUCACAAGGCAAGGAUGAGAUCUUGUUUGAGAAAAGUCCUGACUAUUCUAAAGAUGGGCACAAAUUUCGGAAUGGCAAGGAAGCUGCUAUCUCAAAGGGAGAUGAAAAUUGUGUCAAUCCCAAAUCCAAGCUCCCUGAACAUGGAUUGAAGCCAUUAAGUAGGUAUGAUGAAGUCAGCCUGCCAAAAGAUAGCCGUGACAAUCUAUUACCAGGAAGAGAUAAGUUUACUUCUCCGAACUGGAAGGAGGGUAGUAUGCUAAAACCAAUAGGAUGUUCUUCUCAGGAUAAGAGAGUUCCACAAUUCGAAGAUGGUUCGAAUAUACAUGAUAGAUGGGGGAAUGCCACCCAUGUGAGAGAAAGCCAGGACACAGCAAGUGCUAGAAAGUCUCCAAGUCAUGCAGGAUUUCGUUCAAAGAACACUGUGAACGAGCCAUUUGCUGUUAAUCACGAUGGCCUACCUGAUCUUGAUAACUCUCAGAGAAAAGUUCAUGAAACUCCUAGGGUAAAGCCCUACUACAGUAAUGCCAUUCCACCACCUUAUGUAAAACCUAAUUCUAAACUAAAGAACAGCACACAGAGAACUGAAUUAGCAUCUUCACAUAUUGACAAUGAUGGCAUCACUACCAAUCCAUCAAUACAUCAAAAGCCGGAUGCUGAUUCUAAGACAGAGAGAACCCGAUUCGGUUUGGAUAACUCUGAAUGGGAUUUGCAGGCCACUAGAGAUCCACGAGCAAGUAAACAAAUUUAUGAGAAAGUACCCCCUGGUUUGGAUAACUCUGAACGGGAUUUGCAGGCCACUAGAGAUCCACGAGCGAGUAAACAAGUUUAUGAGAAAGUACCCCCUGGCUUCGAUAAUUCUGAACGGGAUUUGCAGACCACUAGAGAUCCACGAGCGAGUAAACAAGUUUAUGAGAAAGUAACCCCUGCUCGUGAAGAUGCUGAAGAAGUCCCUGUAUUAAAACCAAAAUCUAUGAGGCGGAAGCACUCGAAAUCACGGUCUACACACAAUGAUGCCAGUAAGGAAGAUGCUGAAGUUGCGAGAAAAUCAAGGAGCAAGGGACCAGAUGAAUCAAAACGUGGCCUACAAAUUCUGUUUGAUGAUGAGAAACAUAAAAAAGAUGAAGAGGAAAGAGUUAUAGAUAGAUUACUAAUCCAUUAUAGCAAAAAGCCAACCACCACUGUGCCUGAGAAAGCAAGAAGGUCUAAAAGUCGCCAUGCACACAAAAUGGAUGAUGGACCUAAUGAGACACCACAGGCGGUCCCUCAUGCACCUCGAUCAGUUUCCCUUCCUCAUGAACAAUCACAAGAGGUGGAAGUUAAAAAAGUAUUUACCCGUGCCGCUUCGUUUCAGCCUGAUAGAUCAAAUGAAGCUCGACAUGUGCAUCCCAAGUUACCCGAUUAUGAUGAUUUAGCUGCUAGGCUUGCGACUUUGAGAGGUUCAUAAGGGAUAGAAAUAGCAUAUCGUAUAUGAUGAAUAAAUACUCUUCUUUUACCAGCAUGAUUGUGUGAUUUCGCAGUGAUGCUUGAUUACAAAUUGUUGACUACUCCAGAGCUGUAUUAUUAUCAAUCAGCCAUGGUUGUACCUGUGUUGGUGUGUGCAAUUGUUCAGUCACCAUUCUUACUAAUGGUGGCAAUGCACAACAUCAAUUCAUUUUUUUUACCUUCUAUGAUUGUAAAGUGUUCGUUACAGAAAUUGACACUAUUUCAAUUUUCUACGUGUUGAGGUGAGACUUGAAAUA